CGGCGAACGUCGUCGAGAUGGAUUGUCUCGAUUUAUCCAACUCGAUGCUUCAUUAUAAGAGCAGCGGAAGCAGCGACGAGGGCGAGGCAGCAGGUGGGAGCGGGGGCGGCGUGGGCUCGGCCGGGGGCGGCAGCGAGAGCCCGGAGAUGGAGGAGAAUGGCUCUCUGCGCUCGUCCAGCAGCAACAGCAGCGGUCACAACAAUCCGCUUUACCGGGAGCCCAAGUCCCUGAGCUCGGGCGGGCCCGAGGCCCACGACGUCUUCCGGGACUAUCCGCAGGCGAGGCCUGCCCACCAGCAGCUCGAUUAUCAGCGCCUCUUCGACGAACAACGGCACCUCGACGCGGGCGCCCAGCACAGCGAGGAGGAGAGGAAGCCCUGGGACUUUAGCGUGAAGCAGUCCUUUCAGGCCCGCAACUACGUCAAAAGGGACUACCGCGACGACUAUCAUGAUACUUUGAAGGAGGAAGCAAUUAGCUCGCAGGACCAUCCAGUUUCAGACUGGACAAAUUCCGUGCCGGACAGUGUAGAGAUCAGCGUCUCGUCCUCGGGCACCCCAUACAUCCGGGCGCGAAAGGACAUAACAGAAGGGACGAGGUUCGGCCCAUACAUUGGAAAUUGGUACAACGCCGACUUCAAUCCUGCCAAUGCAUGUGAGAUGCUAUACGUAUGGAAAUUAGCUCGGGAAUCGUUUGAAGAAUCAAAGGACUGGUUAAAAUUAAUCCGGAUUGCAACGAAUCCUGAUGAAGUGAAUGUGCGCAAAAUUAAAGACAAAGAUGGAAAUACGUACUUCGAGGCAGUUCGCAACAUAGCAACGAGGGAGGAGCUGCUCUCGGGUUUCCUCGAGCCGUUCGUCCAGCAGAGGCGCCUGAACAACGAGGACGAGAACACAAGCGAAUACGCUUCCCAGCACAGUGGAGCCUCUCACGCAGACGAGGACAGGGAGGAAGAAGAGGACGUGGAAAUAAGGUGUACGGUCUGCGACAAGCCAUUCCAAGAUAUCGAAGUGCUCAACAAUCACCUGGUGAUCUGCCACCGGUAUCCGGCCCGCGAGCACUGCUGCUCCAGCUGCCCCAGCGGCUACGCCUGGCGACCUCUACUCGUCCGGCAUCGCGCCAUCGUUCACGGCGACAUACGCAAGUACCCCUGCGAGAACUGCUCCAAGCCGGACGACCCGCAGGUCUUCACCGAUCCCUCGAACCUCCAGCGUCACAUCAGGGCCCAGCACGUCGGCGCCCGCAGCCACGCUUGCACCGAGUGCGGCAAGACCUUCGCCACGAGCUCCGGCCUCAAGCAGCACACCCACAUCCACAGCAGCGUCAAGCCCUUCCAGUGCGAAGUCUGCUUCAAGUCCUACACCCAGUUCUCCAACCUCUGCCGGCACAAGCGCAUGCACGCCAAAUGCCGCAUGCAGAUCACCUGCGUCAAGUGCAGCGCCCAAUUCAGCACCGUCACCUCCCUUUCCAAGCACAAGCGCUUCUGCGACUCGACGCCCCCGCCCCCGCCACCGGUACCCGGUAUGUCGCAGCCCCAGCCCCAGCACAACCCCUUCCUCUUUCCACGGCAGCCCCUGCCCUUUUACCCGCCGGUGGCCUCGCUCUCCCGCGGUGCGGGUACCCUCCCCGGCCUGCCCCUCCUCUUCCCGCCCAAGGCCGCCGAGGAGCCCGAGCGCGGCCCCGGACCCGCUCCGCCGGUGCCCCCAUCCGCGCCCCCGGCACCCAGCAAGGUCUCGCCCUCGCCCGCGGCCGCCGAGGAGGCGACCUCGAGCCUGAGGCCUUCGCCGGCCCGGCCUCCUCCCGCGCAACCCGAGCCCGAGACCGAGCCAGACUCCGAGGUCGAGCCCGAUUCUCAGCAGCCGCUUGAUCUGCGCGUGCAGACGCGACGACGCUGGAUCCCGCCCGAGUCCAAGUCGGACUCGAAGCAGCUGCCGCCGCCACCACCACCGCCACCGCCACCGCCCCAGCAGCACUCGCAGCAACUGCAGCAACAACAGCACUCACAGCAACAGCAGUCCCAACAUCAUCAGCAUCAACAACAACAACAACAACAACAGCAGCAGCAACACCAGCAACACCAGCAACACCAGCAACAACAGCAUCAGCAACAACAGCAGCAGCAUCAGCAGUCUCAGCAACAGCAACAGCAGCAGGAGCAGCAAGCGGAGCCCGAGCCAGCCUCCAAGAGGCGGCGGCGACGGAGCGAGUACUCGCCGCCGAUCAUCGGAUCCGAAGAGGCGAGUCGACCUACGGCCUCGCUACAGGCCCCACUAGCGCCGCCGUCUUCGACCACCGAUACCAAGGAGCCAAGCAGUCCCGUGACUAGGACCCCGCCACCACCCCCACCACCGCCGCCGCACAUGGCCUAUCCGCGGCCCAUACAUCCGCUCUUUCUCGAGUCCAUCUAUCGCAAGCCUUCGAAUCCCUUCCCCAGCUUUCCAAGCGAGCACCGGCUUCUCCAGCCCCUACCCGCGUACGGACCCUCGCGCGGGCUACCCUUCCUCGGGCCCCUCAUGAACGGCCUCGGGGGCCCGCGACCAAGCGGUUACGACGUACUCUCGCGGCCGGCUCUCGGUGGUUUCCCCGGCGUCAAGCCUUUCCAGGAUCCGCUGUUGGGCCAGCAACCGCCAAGCAUCGCCGGGCCCUUCGGUGGCCACGGCAAGAUCAAGGACCGCUACUCCUGCAAGUUCUGCGGAAAGAAUUUCCCGCGCUCGGCAAACCUCACGCGCCACCUGCGCACCCACACCGGCGAGCAGCCCUACAAGUGCAAGUACUGCGAGCGCAGCUUCAGCAUCUCGAGUAACCUGCAGCGCCACGUGCGCAACAUUCACGACAAGCAGCGGCCGUUCAAGUGCCCCAUGUGCGAGCGCUGCUUCGGCCAGCAGACGAACCUCGACCGUCACCUGAAGAAGCACGAGGCCGAUGAUGGGAGCGGCGUCGUCUCCGUUGCCGACUCGGCCGACAGCAGCAACGAGAACGAUCGCGAGGAGACGGCCACCUAUUUCGACGAGAUCCGCUCGUUCAUGGGGAAGGUAACUUACGGGGGUGACGGCUCCUACCUACCACCCCACCAUCCGGCUUACCUGCCCAGCAGACUGCGAGAGGUGCAUCACGGGACGCGCGACCUCGAAGAUCCCGUCGGGGCCAAGGCCAAAUACGAGGAGGAUGAAGACAGCGAGGACGGAGCGCUCUCGCCCCUAGAGCAACCCGAGGGCCUCUCGCCCAAGGAGUCCUCCUCACCAGGGCAGCAAUUCGAGCUUAAGCUUGGCGCCAAGCGCGAACUCCUCAAUAACAAUACCGCCGAGCCCGUGAUUGAGAUCUCGACAUAGUGGAGGCGCACCCCAGAAGACGGUACUCCCAACCGUCGUCUACGAUUAAUAAGUUGGAGUUCGCUGGAUCGCGGAACGAGGGGGAAGGGACGGGGAUUGAUUUGACGCACAGACAAAUGGAUUGAUGGACGCGAACGAGCGAGCCACCCAACG